AUGCCAAAUUUGGAAAGAUUUGAUUUAUAUGUAAAAAAGCAAGGAAAAGCAAAUGAAGGAGAAGAAAAAGUCGAAUGGGCAACUUUAGAGACAUUAACUUCUAAUUCUGUCAUGCCUCGUCUUCGACGAUAUUCUUUUAUCUAUAAUUUAUCGACAUGUGAUGAAAUUCAACAUAUAUUUCAAUCGUCUCUUUUCAAUAAUGACAAGCGACAUAUUCGUAUUCAGUUUGCACUUCAUAUUAACUCAUUGACUUCCAUAGAUUUAUCUGAUAUUAUUGACAUAUGUAACAUUCAUUCUACACAUUAUAAUAAUAUUUUUGUGCAAUAUAAUGAUGAAGAUAAGUCAAAAUUACACUAUACUUUGUUCACUUCAUCAUGGCCAAGUUGGACAAUAUUUUGGAUGAAUCAUCAUAAUGUAGCACCACGCAGUGGUGUCCAUCAGUUAGGAAUCAAAUCUCCAAACAUUUCAUUACAUUCACUUGGUAAAUUAUGUUCUGAUGCUAAUGAAUUAGUAUGUCAACAUCCUGCAUCGUUCUCCAUGGUUGACUCAUUAAUUAUGGCACCAACACCUUUAAUCAAUUUACGUUGUUUAGAAAUACACAAUGUCGUCCCGGGAUUGGAACUUCUUUUUGAUGGUAAUAUGCUUCCUCGUUUGCAUUCUCUUCGUGGACUGAUUAUACCACUAUUCGUUGCCUUUGCAAGUCGGGUGAAUCAAAUGAAAACUCUUGAUACGGUUGAUCAUUUGGCGAUUACAGAUCAAGGAAGUAAUGAAGAAAGGUGUUUCUCGUUCAAACAGUGGCAUAUAGUGCUUGAUGCUCUACCUCGCUUGAGAACCCUACUUGUUCAACUUCAUAAUGGAAAGUGUCCACCAAUGGUAAUGGCAGAUCUAUUUGUUAAUUAUAUAAAACGAACAACUCGAGCACCUCUUAAUCUUUUUUCUUGUUGCAUCGAUCAUAAUAGUGAUGCCAAUAACAAAGAAGAUUUUAUUAUAUAUUUAGAAGAAAGAAUUGAAAUGGUAUGUUCUUCUGUUCAAUUUGCAUUGAUCAGUCCGACAAGACUUGAUGCAUGGAUGUAA